CACCGUCGGUAUCCAAGCCAAUAAUUAUACAGCUCCUUGCCUCGAUCCCUCUCCUGCCACCACAUCUCUGCCUCUGCCCACCGCCUACUCAGCAUCUUCUUCUCCCUUCUCUUCCUCUGUUCCCCACCACCGACGACGACAUCGUCCUCCACGGCGGCCGGGCCACGUACGGGCACCAACAUGUCCCGACGAAUCGACCGCGUCCUCAGCGACCUCAGCCAUAGCAACUACCACACAGCAAAGGACCACGGCCUCCACCACCAGAGCACGAGCAACAACGACAGCGGCAACGCCGGCAAUGCCAAGCAUAAUCUUUUGCUUCUCUUCUCCAGCAUCGGCUCAUGGAGAAGAAGCAAGGGCAACGGCACAGGCGGGGCAGGGGCGCAGAACACGAAGCAGCCGACCAAGGGAACCGGCAAACGGCGAGGACUAGAAAUAGGCCAGGUGGUGAGAAAGUACGUGUCAAUGGUGGAGCAGCUGUUCACGUCUUAUUCCGGCAGCAGCUGCGAGAGGGAGAGGCGAGAGCUUCGGCAGAGGCCGCACUCUUUCACCUCCGGCCGCCGCGGUGUCAACGCUCAGCCCAAACGGCACAGGGGGAGUCUGUCGUCGGCGCCCGCAUCGCUGAGAGGUUCGCCGGCGAACAGCGGGCACCUCUCCGUGGGGGACUCGGUGAAGGUGUCGACGUCGUCGGAGGUGAGCACGAUGGAGGAGUUGCAGAGCGCCAUCCAGGCGGCCAUCGCGCACUGCAAGAACUCUGUCACCGUCGCCAAGCAGACCGGCGGCGACAGGUGUAAAUGUUGAGGCGGUGGUGUCUGUCUGUCUGUCUGCCUUUGCGUGUGUGAUACUUCGCAUCGGUACAUCACGAGCAAAUGUACGUGCAUGCAUGUACUGUACACGGCUCGGACUUGGCCGUGAGAAGUUUAAUGGUUCGGUGUGCGUUUAUCGGUGUGUGUAAAGCUGCAUGAGUGAAAGGAGAAAACGCGAGAUAAAUUUGUAGCGAAUGAUGUUUUGUAACAUGUUGAUUAUCUGC